CUUCUUAGAUUUAUAUGAAAUAACGUUAAAUGAUACUAUAUAUUUUCUUUAAUUGCAUACUUUUAGAUUAAUAUGAAAUUCCGUAAGAGUAAUUGAUUAAAGCUUUAGUAGUACUGUAAAGUAUUGGUAAAACUUCUCUGCUCUGCUGAAUAAGAUGACCUGCAGAGUUGAAUUUAAAAUGAGCUUUGAAAUAUUUAAAUAUAUUUUAUUUGCUGUAAAAGGAGUCAUCCUUAAGUGAUACUGACCAGAGUUAGCCAAACAAUAUUUGGCAUGUGAACUUUUAAAACACCAAAUAAGCUAUAAAGGACAUUUAAGGCAUAUCGAGGGGUGAAAGUGAAAAGGUUCUAAGUGCAUUUUCCAAAAUUUUACAGGAGAAGCAAAAAACUGUCUCAAAUGUUUGUAAAAUAGCAAAAUUCCACAACACCUUGAUUUUACACAUAAAAAUGUCAAUGGUAAUAAAAAUUCUAGGAAAGACUUGGCAAACAAGAUAUUUAAUCAAAUGCAACUUAGAACUGUUUCGCACUUAAAAUUUCUCAUAUUUUGAUUUUUAUGUUCAAAGCGAAAAGGUUCCACGUGACAUUUUGAUAGAACAAAAGCAAGUAUUUUUUCUUAUUUAAUUUAAGAUAGAUUUAUAUUUUGGCAUUUCUAUUUAUUCAGUAAGAGAUGGAGUAUAAAUUGCCAGAUAGGACUGUUUCGCAUUUACUUUUUAUUUUGAUUUCAUAUUUUAGGUACGAUACAUUCUCUUACUGCACUUUCAAGUUCAUGAAAUUUUAAGUUUGACUCUGUUUAAAUUAGAAACAUAAAUAAAGGUCAUAAUUGAUAGUGUACAAAACUUUUAAAGAACAUGAUGGACAUUAAUUACACCUGAAAAACAAAUGCCAAUUAAUUUGAUAAUCAUUUUCAGGUGAACUAUACAAAGUAUACGGAGAGCUGUCCUCCUUGCCCCGGCAUCCGCGUCCAGAUUUCAGAUUAAAGUUUUGGUGCAGUAAAAUACUUAAAGUAUAAGCUUCAAACUUCAAAUAUAUGUUCUUUGGCCUUCGUGGUCAAUUCCUAUGCAUCAAAACUCCAAACCGGUGUUAAAUAGCUAAUAAAAACCGAUAAGAUCGAUAUUAUUUCUUUAGCGUUACUACUUCGAGAAUUAUUCCCCCUUGAACUUUGAAUUUAAGCCAAAUUGGAACUUUACACUAAAUAUUAAACCUAGUAAAAGUGAUUUGUUUGUGGUUCUAUAAAAUCAUACUAGUAACUAAACAUGAGUCAGUCAGUUUAGAAAGACCUUGCAAUUUGCUAGAAAUUGAAAUUAUUUUUAAGUAACAUGUUCUAAACCACUUUACUUCAUUCUUAGAUACUAAUAAUAGAUAGCACUGUAUUCAUUUAAUAAAAGCAAAAUUUAAUGAAUCUGAAAAUAAAAAUAUAGGUUAAACUUAUGACUUCAGAUGGCAUUUACAAUGACCAUGACAUUAGAUGUGCUGUUCGUCAUGUUCAGGGCACUAAUCAAUUUUAAGGUGCCACUGAUUUCCUCUAGGCUUUUUCUGUCACUGAAAAAUAAUUUGCAUAAAAUAUUUACAUUACAGCACAGACUGCAAAACCAGUUCAGCCUAAAACAGAGAAUGUUGUAAUUACUGUUGUUGGUACCAAAAGCAGCCUUGAUGCAGCAGUUGAUUAUUUAAGAAAGCAAAAGGAAGUUAUAAUAAUUGAGCUACACAUGCCGCAAGUAGAUCAGGUAGAUGCUAUUCCUAAACCAACUUUGUUAAAUGUUCCGGGUGCUAUGUUCAUGGAGAGAGGACCAGAUCACAGAGAGAUGCAGUCUAGUUCUACAUAUAUGCGGAGUCCUGAACUGGAAAGGAUAAAGGAAUUGGAAUGUUAUGUGGAAAUGAAAAACAUUCCAAUGAGUGAAACCAAAGAAUCCCUGAUACUGAAACUUGUGGAGCUAGAAUUGCCAAUAAUAUUUCCAAAGUUGAUUUAUCAGAAUGGCUGCAAUACAGCUAUUUUAAUUUGUAAAAAUGUUGAAGGUAGUUUGUUAAUUUUUGUCUGACUGAUUUUUGUGUCGCCUCUACAGAGUUUUCGCGACAUAGAGGGAUCACUUUUCUGUUGUUUGUCUGUUGUCCGUCCAUAUGUCUGUCCUCACGGCCAAAAAGGGAUAGGGGGCCAUCUAACUGUAAACAGAGCAAAAGAGAACAAUAGAGUUCAUAACAUUAGAGUAAUGAGCCAUUGGCCCUCUAUUAAACAAAAGAACAUA